AUAUCAGCAGCCAAUGCAGGCCUGCUACUAAUUUUAGAAGACACAGCACAAAGUCUGGUGUGAGGUCGUCUCCAGACCCUUCCUCCCUGCUCCACCACAUCUCCUCCGGGGUCUUCCACAGUCCAGAUCUGUCUGCAGUCACACAUUAUGGCAUCCGGGCGAGACCAGGACCAUGAGCAGGUGGUCCCUGAUAAGGAGGAGGAGGACGAUGAUGACGUUUUGGCCAUCCAAGCCCGCUACCUCCGCAGCCCCUCCCCCAGCAACUUAUCCAUGGUCUCCGACGCUUACACCGAGAGCAUCUUCAUGGAGCCGAUCCACCUGUCGUCCGCAGUGGCCGCCAAGAAGAUUAUCAGUGAAGAACUGAAGACCAAAGAGGUGAAGGUGCAGCCCAUGAGCCCAGGACUUCUGGAGUCAGCUGAGCAGCUUCUUGUAGAAGACCUCUACAACCGGGUCAAGGAGAAGAUAGACGACCGCAGCUUGUUCAAUACCCCCUGUGUCAUGGAUCUGCAGAGAGAACUCCUGAAGGACCACAUGGAAUCUCCACUCAACGAGGUCGAUGAGGUCUGGCCCAACGUCUACAUUUCGGAAAAGAGUGUGGCGGUCAACAAGGGGCGUCUGAAGCGUAUGGGCAUCACCCACAUCCUCAAUGCCGGACACAACACCACCGUCUUUACAGGGCCCAAUUUCUACACCGGGAUGGAAAUUCACUACAUGGGAGUGGAGGUCGACGACUUUCCAGAAUGUGACAUCUCUAAGUUCUUCCGACCGGCUGCAGAGUUCCUGGAUGAAGCAUUGCUGACCUACAGGGGUAAAGUUUUGGUGAACAGCGAGAUGGGGAUGAGUAGAUCUGCCAUUCUGGUCGCAGCUUACUUGAUGAUUUUCCACCACAUGACCAUCCUUGAAGCCCUAAUGACCUUACGCAAGAAAAGAGCCAUCUACCCUAAUGAUAGUUUUAUUAUGCAGCUUCGAGAACUUAAUGAAAAAUUGCUGGAAGAGCGUGAAUAUUCUGAUGGAGGAGAUGACAAUGAUACCAAUAGCCAAGGCUCAGUCAAAGAAGCCAAGGCACAUUCUAUUUUGGUGGAAGAAGAAGGAGAUAGGGAGAGCAUCAUGGGAGCCAAAGUCCACUCCAUCACUGUUGAGCAAGAGGAUACAACUAGCAUCAUGGGAAGCGCCAUGAGCCUGGGGGCAAAAUCAAGUGUAGUGUCUAAGCAGCCAACCCUCAUCGAUGAAGAUGAGGAGGAGAAGAUCUAUGAAGAAUGGAGACGAAAACAAGGACUUCCACCAAGGGAGAUACCAAAGAAGGAAAAUGAGCAAAGCAUAAAACUUCCAGAAGAAGAAGUGAGUGACGACCAGCUAAGACAGAUGAUUUAUAACUGGCAGAAGGAAAAUGCUAAAUAUCAUUCCCUUGAUCCUGGAGAUGAUGGAAAUUCUAUGAUGAGGGAGAAAUGUUAUUCACCAAGUGAAAUUAGUGAUGUGGAAAGUGUAAGCUCCCAGGAAAUUCGGAUGUUAAAGGAACAAUUUGAAGUGAGCCGAAGGAACCUUAUGACCAGACAACGUACGGACUCUGUAUCGACUGACAGUACUUGGGAUAUGUGGAACCAGCGGCUUAUGGAAAUUGAGAAGGAGGCCAUAACAAAGAGCGACGAGAAAGAAAAAAAGAGGGAAAAGGAUAUCGAUGAAGAAAGUCUUUGCUCUGAAGCAAGUUCUUUAUUUAACUUUUGCAAAAAGAACAAACAUAAGCUGACUGCUCUGGAAAGGUGGAAAGUUAAGAGAAUUCAAUUUGGGUUUCACAAAAAAGACUCUGAAGCAUCAGACACCCAAAACAAGGAGGACAAUGGUGAGAAGAAAGAUGAGGAUCAAACGAGUCAAUCGGAUGUAGACAUAUCAGCCUACCAAGCCUGGAAGAUGAAGCACCAGAAAAAAGUAGGCAAUGAAAAUAAGGAGGAAAUUGUGGAACUGACCAAAGGAGAAGACACUGCAAGUAUCAAACGCAAACAAAGGAGGGCUGAGAUUUUGGAACGUUCUAAGCAGACCUUGGAGGAAAGCCAAUCUAUAUGUGGGUGGGAUAAUGAAAGCUCAAUAAGUGGUAGCAUCCCGUUAUCUGCUCUAUUUCAGAUUGCACCUUCAAGUAGCGGUGGUAAUGAUGCAGCUUCAGUGUUGAGUAUGCAGAGCAACAAAUCCCAUCAGUCCCAGGCCAGAAGUGCUGUUAGCCAAGCAAAAGUCCUCCCACCAAACUUACCACCUGGGGCGGAUGCUAUUUCCAUAGCAGGUAUUCAGAACUGGAUAGCUAAUGUGGUGAAUGAAACCAUUGCUCAAAAACAGAAUGAGAUCAUGAUGAUGUCCCGUGCAUCUUCAUCAAUGAGCAUGGCUUCUGGAGAUCUUGGAAGAAGAGCAGAUGAUGAAAGAUCCUCCAUACUCGGUGCAGCAGGAGGGUCAUGCCUCUCAGGUUCUGGAUUUCAGCAACGUGACUUUAAAAGCUCAGACUCUGUAUUGUCUAAUACGUCAGUGAACUCAGCUACAAAUAUACCAAGUGCUAAGAGAAAAAUUACCCAAACGAGUGUCCCACUCUUUGGACUUUUUAUGGAUGACGUGGAUCUAAAAAAGCUCAACCAGAAAGAAAAUGAAAUCAGAGAAGAGUUGACUGAAAAAUUGACCCAAUAUCGGAAAGAAAAAGUUGUCACUGACAACAAGCGGAGCUACAUGUACAGGAAGAAAAAGGCGAAAGGUACAGAAGAGGAUGAAGAGGAAGAGAAAGAAAGCAUUCUAAGUUCGAAAUUCCAAAGUUCUAGGUUGUCCUCAAACCAAGAAUGGAAAAAAUCUGAAAAAACCUCCUACCUAAGUAAUCUUGGCAAUUUAUCAAGCACCAAACCUACAAGUACAGAUGUGGAAACGAAUGUAGGCAAAUGGCUCAGUGGUGUGAACACAGAAAGGGCCUCGAAAUUUCAUAAUGAAAAAUCUUAUGAAAGGUCAAGACAAUCAGAACAUGAGCGAUAUGUGAGCCCUCAAGUCAACGGAUACACCAAAAAAUCAUCAGAAUGGGACAAAGAGGGCUCUUCAUCAUAUCAGAGCUACAGAGACACAACCAGGGCCACAUCAAGAUUUUCAAUGUCUUCUGAAGAAGAGUACGAUCGUGUCCGGCACACCAACGUCUACGAAUCCCAAAGCCCUGAACCCAACCUCAGUGACCACUCAAAAGAAGAAAAUGGGUUAGAAGAUCUACCGAGCGCUAUACAACCUAGAAGAAGUUACCUAGAUCAUGAAGAUUCCGAUAUCUCAGACACAGUCGAUUCAGACUCCAAAAGAAAGUUUACUGGGAGAUUUAAGAACGAUGAAGAUGAGAAGAGCGACCCCUUAGAGAGUAACAGCUCUGGAAGCCGAUGGGCACGGAAUAGAAAGACCAAAGAAGAAACGGAAGAAAUGGAUGAUGAUGAUAUCAUUGCGGCAUGGAGAAGCCGGCAGGAAGAGAUGAAAACAAGACUCAGAAGACAUAAAGAGGAGGACUGAAACGCCAUUUUGAACUCUAAAUUAUCUUGAGUUUUGUUCUAGUUUUGAAAGGCAACAUCUGCCAUAGAUGAAGCGGACUCUUCUAUUUUAGCUGCCCAAUUCUCCUCUCUUUUAUGCUCCAUUUGUAGCCUCGGUUUUGAUGCUCCUUGGACUUUUUGUAUUGCAAUUUGUAGGCAAAAAUAUAUCCUUCCCAGCUUUUGGCCCCAUUUUAUGUGUCUUUUAAAUUUUUAUUUUUCUGCUUUAUGUAUAGAAAGAAUAUGUUGCAUAUAAUUAGUUCCUCAACAUGUUCAAGAUCUCUGCUUGCUGUCUGAGAAAGAUAACAUUCUUGUUUAAAGUCAGCAAAUCUGUACGUAAUCAGCCCUGCUCUCAGCCUAGAAGUGAAUAGCAUUGUAUACGGUCUAGACCAGGGAUGCCCAACUUGCGGCUCUCCAGCUGUUGCAAAACUACAACUCCCAGCAUGCCCAGACAGCCUACAGCAGGGCAUGGUGAGAGUUGUAGUUUUACAACAGGUGGAG